AUGGAGGACAGAAGGGGCCUCUACAACAUCGGAGCAGAGGCCCAGGCCAAGCCUGUGGCUGGGGAGACCGCUCCUUGUGCACAGGCCUUGGUGGCAGGAGCCUGUGGGGAAGGAGACUGCUGGUUCCUGGCUGCUUUGCAAGCUCACUUGUGCCAGGACAUCCUGCGCCUGAAUAAGAGUGUCACUGAGGAGUGUGCUGGCAUCUUCCAAUUCUGGUGCUUCCUGAACUUGGGGAACUGGGUUCCCGUGGUGAGAGGUGACCCUCUGCCUGGGAAUGAGGCUGGCCAGCUGGUCUUUGUCUCCUCUGACUACAAGAACUUUUGGGGGGCACUCCUGGAACAGGCCCAUGCCAAGCUUGCUGGCUCUUAUGAAGAUUUGCAGUUUUGACAGGUGUAUGAAGCCCUUGUGGACUUCACUAGAGGGGUGACGGUGACCAUCAACCUGGCAGAAGCUCCUGGCAGAGUCUGGGACAUCCUAACUCAAGCCACCUACAGCAGAACCCAAGGACUGACUGGGGCCUCCCUGUUGUCUCUGUGGAAGGGGCAGGUGCUGGAGAAUGGGCUGGUGGAUGGCCAAGCCUGUGUGCUCACAGGAAUCAGGAAGGUGAUGUGCAAAUAGGGACACAGAUACCUAGUCAAGCUGGGAACCUGGGGGAGGGUGGAGUGGAAAGGAGACUGGAGCGACAGGUCAAGUCCAUGGGGGCAGCUGAGCCCCAAGGAGAAGAUUCCACUGCUGGGGAAAGAGGAUGGUGGAGAAUUCUGGCUUCAUCUCAUUCGUCUCUUUGCAUGGGUCCCUCUUCCUCUCCAUGGGAAGACACUGCAGGAUUUUAAAGCACAUUUCAUGCUUCUGAUCAUCUGCAAACUGAAUCCGGGACUACUGAGUCAGGUGGUUGGCGCCAAGUGGCUGUUCACCAUGCAGGAGGGGAGAUGGCGGGAGAACGGGAGCGCAGCUGGUGGCCAGGUGAAGUCGUCCCAAGACACAUUUUGGAAGAAACUGCGGUUCCUGCUGUCCCCUUGGAGGCCUGAGGAGACCAGGGGGUCCCUGAAGACCUGCAGCACACCGGUGUCCGUGCUCCAGAAGCCCAGGCCCCACCGCCACCAUCGGAAGCCUCACCUCACCAUUGGCUUCUUUAGGGUCGGUGGCCGCUCGGGCCCUGUGGGGGCCAGGGAGGGAGGAGCAGUACAUGAUGGCCCGAGGAGACUGCCCUUCAAGUUCAUCUGGGAAAAUGCUCUCCUGAGUCCGCCUGAGGCAUUUUGCACUGAGAAAGAAGUGAGUCAGGAGCUGUGGCUGGAGACAGGGAUGUACAUCAUCAUGCUCUGCACUUCUGAGGCCCACCAGACGUCAGAACUCAUCCUCAGGGUCUUCUCCAGGAAGCACCUCUUUUUUGAAACUGGCAGCCAUUCCACUGUUGUCUUCUCUAAGGAAACGGUAGACCAAAAUGAAGGGCAAGAGGAAUUCUUCACUAAACUUUUUGAAAAGGGCCUGGCCCUCCUGGAUCUUAACGCGCCAGGUACGAGCAACCAGGAGUCCAGGGACCUGUGGAAGCAGCUGAUGCUCUGUCAGGAGGUUUUCCUCAAGCAGGACAGUAACUGGUCAGGAUAUGUGAGCUGGACCCAGCCACAGGCAGCCAUGGAGGGGGAGGUGGGCACUGGGGAGCUGGUGCGGCCAGCCCUGAACUGGCAGGGGGCCGCCCACCAGAAGAUCCCCCAUGCUCUCAGGAAUCAGGUCAUUGAAGUGGAGGGAUACUCUAGGGGUCUCAGAUGGGAAGAGAGCUGGGUACAAGGCUCCCAGCAUGCACCGUGGGAGCCUGUGUCCAAUGCAGGGUUCAUGUUCAACGAUGAUGUCUGCCAGCUGAUGCUUGUCUGCUGUGGAGGCCCCAGCCUCCAGAUUGACUGUGGGAACUUUGUCCACCUGAUGCUGCAUGUGGAGGGCGUGGAGGAUGUUUACCAAAAUUUAACCCAAGAUGGCAAAGGGAUAUACCUCCAGAAGCCAGAGGGCCUGAGGCCAACGCCAGAGGGCGCGCUGUCCCCACGCAAGGGUCCUCGCACUGCGGCGGGACAGCCGGGCGCGCGGGCUUCCGGCCGGUGCUGUACCCUCACCGAGGGAGCAGUUCCAACCGUCAUUGAAAAGCUCAUCAGACUCCACCUGAACAGAAAAAUUCCUUGA